UAAAAUAGAUGCCACCCGAAAAACAAAAGGUUCAAACUUUCAAGAAGAGAAUAAUUUGCCAAAACUUUGCAGUGAAUAAUCUUGAAAAUGAAAUCAAGACAGCAUUCUCACUGAUCACGAUCGCAGCUUUCGAUCUCCACCAUUUCCCUAGGACAAUAUCGUAAUUAACUUUUCGGUGGUGCAAUGAAUUUUUUGCUGCGGUCCACGACGGGCGUGUACAGAGAGCCUUCUCCGUCGAUUCCGGUUCCGGAGCCGCGUGUUGAUACGCAUCAUAGGUCUGCAUCUGCUGGAUCUUCUUUGGAGAAUCGUGUGUCUGAUGAUCCGUAUGCGUGGUAUGAUGCAAGGGUUGUUAGUGGCGUGUUCCUUAAGCACGUGGAUGUUGCUGAGGAUGAAGGAUGGGUUACCAUUCCAUGCAAGGAACUUCCUGAAAACUGGACUUGUGCACCAGAUAUACAGUCUCUGUGCUCUCUUGAUCGCUCCUUUCUUUUCCCUGGUGAACGAGUUCAUAUCUUGGCAUGCUUUUCUGCAUGUAAGCAGGAUACAUCUUCAUUCAAAGUUGAUGCAGUGACAAGUGACAAUGGCAUAGGUCACAGCCCCAAGAAAGAAAAUGGAAACAUUGAAAACAGAAACAAUUCAGUGUCUGGAGAAGGGGAACCUGGUACCAGUGAUGAAGAGCAGAUGGAAGAUGUUUCUGAUGAUGAAUCCCUUCUUCAAAAAGAGGUUCUCAAAAAACAAACCGCAUUAUUGUUGCAAAAGUUUGAAAAUUCUCACUUCUUUGUGAGGAUUUCUGAGUCUGAUGAUCCCCUUUGGUCCAAAAGAAGCUCUUCAGAAAUUUUUUCCAACUCUUCUGAUGCAAAUACUGAAAAGGCCUCAACAAUCAAAUCUAAAGGGGACACAUUUUCUCCUAUUAGUACUAUUAUUGAUAGAGGGAAUUUUGAUUCAAAUGUUUCUGGUGGAGUGGCAAGAAAUUCUGUGAAGUGUUGUGCUUUACCUAAUGGAGACUUAGUGGUUGUUUUACAGGUGAAUGUUGGUGUUAAUUUUCUUAGAGAUCCUUGUAUAGAAAUUCUUCAAUUUGAAAAGCGUCAGGAGAGAAUGUCAUCUCCUGACAGCAAGGUGGAUGCAGCAAAUCAGGAUUCAUGUGCAGAGCUGUUAAAUUGGAUGCUUCCGUUGGAUAAUGGGAGGCCUUCUACUUACCCGCCAUUUCCUCCUCAUUUAACUUCAACUUCAGGAAUUGGUAGCUCCUCUCAGGGAUCCAAUUUUUCUGGAUCAUCUAGCUCUCAGUUAUUCUCCUUUGGCAAUUUUAGAAGUUACUCCAUGUCAUCAUUACCGCAAACCAUGAGCACUCCAUCUGCUCCUGUCAAAGCAGUUAGUUCUAAGCCAAAUUUUGACCUUAAGGAUUGGGAUCAAAUCUCAUCUCAGAAAUAUUUUUGGAAAAAGAUGGGGUUUGAAGGACUUCUAUCUUUCCGAGGUGUUUCACUGGAACAAGAGAGAUUUCAUGUUUGUUGUGGAUUAGAAGGCCUAUAUACACCAGGAAGAAGGUGGAGAAGGAAACUUAAAAUAAUACAGCCAUUAGACAUUCAUUCUUUUGCUGCUGACGUCAAUUCAGAUGAUCUUCUGUGUGUUCAGAUAAAGAAUGUUGCUCCUAUACAUGCUCCAGACAUUGUGAUAUUUAUAGAUACCAUAACUAUUGUUCUUGAGGAGUUUACAAAAAAUGGAUCACUGUCGUCAUUGCCGAUUUCAUGUAUUGAAGCUGGAAAUGAUCAUUCUUUACCAAAUCUAGCUCUCAGGAGAGGUGAAGAGCAUUCUUUUAUUCUUAAACCAGCAACUUCUAUAUGGAAGGGUCACAAGAUUCAGGAUGAUAGAAGUUCUCAAUGGUCAAGGAUGAAACAUAGAAAUAAAACAUCAAAACUAAGACUCAACAGACGGAAGACUGCUUUAAUUAAUGACCAGUAUUCAAUUUUGGUUUCAUGUCGAUGCAAUUAUACUGCAUCAAGGUUGUUCUUUAAGCAACCAACCAGUUGGCGACCACGUAGCUCAAGGGAUAUUAUGAUCUCGGUUGUGUCAGAGAUGUCAGGACAGUCUCUUGCUGCUUAUGGAAAAACUUGCCAACUUCCCAUACAGAUAUUAACUCUUCAAGCUUCAAAUUUGACCUCUGAGGAUCUAACUUUGACUGUGCUUGCUCCAGCCUCAUUUACUUCACCCCUUUCAGUAGUCUCCUUGAAUUCACCAACGACUCCAAUGAGUCCUUUUUUAGGUUUCUCAGAGUUAUUAGUAAGAGUAAAUGGUGAAAGAGGAAUUGGUGCCACCCAGCGACAAAGUUUCACUCUUGGUGUAAAAGAUAAUGAGAAACAAAGUUAUGAUGGCAAAGCCCAGGCUGUUUCUACGAGUGAUGAUGUCAUUCCUGGUUCUGAUCUUAGUUGUACACAUCUAUGGCUGCAGAGUAGAAUUCCACUUGGAUGUAUUCCAUCUCAAUCCAUUGCCACUAUAAAGCUUGAGCUACUUCCAUUGACUGAUGGCAUAAUUGUUCUGGACACUUUGCAAAUUGAUGUCAAGGAAAAAGGUGUUACCUAUAUCCCUGAGUGCUCAUUAAAGAUACAUGCAACUUCCAGUAUCUCCAAGGGGAUAUAGAUUGGAAUUGGACGUAUAGCUGGUUUCAUUUUUCUUGGGUACAGUAGAAACAAAAAAUGGAUGAUGUGCAUACUUAAAUUUUAGAAUUUCUCUUGCAACUUACUCUUAAUUGCACAAAAUGGGUAUUUUGCUUGGACUUCAAAUUGAUCUCGUGACUUACUGUCAAUAGCUCAACAGUAGUUAUCUUCUGUUAGUCAGUUGAGAAUUGUGUCGGAGUUGGCAUGUCAAAUUGUGUUAGUAGUUUCACUUUUGCUUUGUAAACCACGAGCUUAAAUAGAAGCUUGUUACGUACCUCUUUAAGGGGAAGAAUGUAAUCAUUAUAUAUAAUACUAUUGAGCUGCAACUGAGUGCAUUUUCCACUGA